AGAGGGGGGUGGAGGACACAGAUUGGAGGGGUGGAGGACACUGAUUGGAGGGAUUGGCAGAGAGGGUGGAGGACACUGAUUGGAGGGAUUGGAAGUGUGGGGUGGAGGACACUGAUUGGAGGUCAGUGGAGGGAUUGGCAGAGAGGGGUGGAGGACACUGAUUGGAGGUCAGUGGAGGGAUUGGAAGAGAGGGGUGGAGGACACUGAUUGGAGGUCAGUGGAGGGAUUAGCAGAGAGAGGGGUGGAGGACACUGAUUGAAGGUCAGUGGAUUGGCAGAGAGGGGUGGAGGACACUGAUUGGAGGUCAGUGGAGGGAUUGGCAGAGAGGGGUGGAGGACACUGAUUGGAGGUCAGUGGAGGGAUUGGCAGAGAGGGGUGGAGGAC